CUUCCUAGUUGAGUCGAGUUCUUCUUCACGGAGGAGUACCAGCGAGGCGAGUCGCCUGAACCCUCCAUCUCCUGCGUCCCGGCCGGGGGAGGACCCGGUCCCGAGGCAGAUUUUACACGCCGACGGGUCUCAGAGCAGCCUGGGCGACUCCAGAGGCUCGACGCCGACUGACGGGUCAGGGAGUUAAAGUGGGGACAGCCGGAGAGAGCCGUCCACCGGAAGCUACUGCAGAGGUUAUCGCAGCGCGAGCAACAAACCACACGGCUCGCGGAGAAAGAUCUGGUCUGAAGCUGAAUCUGUGCAGCUUCGGCCUCAGGAUGAAGAGAAGAAGGAAGCACUGAGCGAGAAGAAUCCACCCGACCGCCGCCGCGCCGUUUGAACCCAACCGAGAUGGAGAGGAACCAGAAAACCCCCGUCCUGCUGCUGCUGCUCUUCCUUCAAGCCUGCAGGGUGAAAUGUCACAAGUGUCCCAGCAGUCCGGACCCAAAUCUCACCUGCUUCAAUGACUUCAACCACACCAUGACCUGCGAGUGGAACAGCGCGUCCGAUCGCUCAGGCACAGUGUGCACACUGUUUGCUGAAGAUAAUUAUCCGGAUUCUUACAGUGGCUCCUGCGAGCUGGAGCCUGUUGACAGCUCCAGGCCAGCGUUGAUGGCGUGCUCCGUGGACUUCAAAACAGGCUACAUCUUCUAUCGGAAAGAUAAUGUAUCCCUGAAAGUAAGCUGUGGCCGUGAGAAACACAUCGUGUCCAUUUCCUACAAGCCGUAUUGCCACAUAAAAGUGAAUCCUGGGAAGCCCGCCGUCAACGCCACCACCGUUUCCUGGUCCAUGCAUCAUUCAUCUAUAAAAAGUUGGAAGUACGAGCUUCAGUGGAAGCGUGGAGACCAAGCGUGGAGUGAGGCCACGGUGCUGAAAAAGGAGAAUCUGAUGUCGGGACGUUUCAAGGUGGAACUGGAGGAAGAGUGGCUGGACCGAGGCCAGAGCUACGAGGCUCGCGUCCGCAUGAUGGUGGAGGAAGGCUCCGGGCCCUGGUCCGACUGGAGCCCGGCGGCGUCCUGGGUGUCACCGGUCGGGAGAUCCAAACAGCCGCCAAGCAGCUUUCACCCGACCCAGUUUUCCUUCACUGGUCGGUCCACAAGUGAGCCUGUAAACGAACGGUGCCGUCCGGCGUGUUUCUCAGAGGCUGCUGGGAGCGUUUGGCAGAUGAGCGUUGCCGUAGCGGCGGCGGCGGCCGUCCUGCUGCUGAUCGGCGCUGUCAUCAUGCUGAAAAGAUCCACCUGGGUUUACGUGGUGAAGAGGAUCCGGGGCCCGCCGAUCCUGACCCCCCCCAUGUCCCUGCUGCAGGACGACACGCUCCAGGGCUGGCUGCAGCCGUACUUCACCAGCGACUCCUUCCACUCCGUCCUGAAGCCGGUGGAGGUCGUCUCGGUGGAGGUCGCCUCCGCCGUGGACGCCGUCGUCCCCUGGAAGCCCCAGACCAAGGCGUCCACAGAGAAGGGCGGCUUCGACUCCACCGGCUCCAAUUUUUCUAACCCCAGCUACUCCGACCUGUGCGGCGGCCCUCCGCCCGUUUUCCCGCUGUUCGCCGGGAGCCUGGAGGCGUGCGCCGCCGACUCGCCGUACGGGCCUGUCGGGAGCGGAGCGGCGGACCGGAGCGGCGAGGAGCCCAGGGCGGAGGAGGAGAAGGAUGUGGACAUCCUCAAGCUGUUCUGUAAAGAAAACAGCGGCGCCGAGUCGGCGCCGGACGGCGAGAAGCUGCAGGUGGAGCACCUCCGGCUGCAGAGCCUGGACUCGGGGGUGUGCAGCGGCGAGGAGGUGAGUCAGGAGAGCAUGGAGGCCGACAGCAUCGGCGGCCACGACGAGGAGGCCGACGGCGGCAGCGCCAUCAAGGUCGACUUCCGGACGCUGCUGGGAAGCAGCAGCGUCUUCAGCAAGGGCUCCAUCCUGGUUUGCUCGGGUUACGAGGCGGUGGAGAAGCUGAGCUGCGGCCCGGUUCUGCCCCGCCGGGAUUCGAACCCGCCCAGCAGCCGCGAGGAGCCGGAGGAGAAGUCCCCAGAAUCCACUCCUCUGCUCCUCCCGCCCUGCUCCGUCCUCUCCCAGCAUGCUCUCCUGAUGGCUGCUGGCAGCUCAGUGGAGCCCUCUGGUGACGGGUACACGCCAGUGAGCAGCUCUGACCCCUGACCCCUGACCCUGACCCGAUCAACCAUCAGGGCCCCAUGACCGUUAUGAAUGUAGUAUUCCUAUCACAUGUUAUUCAUCAAUACUGGACAGAAUGAGAGUUCACCAUGGAGGACUGAAACUACAAUUAAAAAUAAAUACAGAAAGAUGAAAAUGGCUCAAUAAACAUAUUUUUAUGCCAAAACAUUAUACAAAGAUUAUUUUCUUUUAAUGAAAAAAAAUGUAAAAUAUGACUAAAACUGUAUAUUUCUUUUGUCGUUUUCAACAGUUUCAAUGUAAAUUUGUAAUGAUAUUCCCAUUUCAGUUCAAUUUGUUUAUUACCUCCGCCAGGAGGUCAUGGAAUCACGCCCGUUUGUUGAUUGGUCUGUCAGCAAGAUUCCGGAAAAAGUAAUGGACGGAUUGCAAUGAAACUUUGUGGGAAGGUGGGUCUUGGGCUAACUUAGAAUCCAUUCAAUUU